AUGCCUGAGGUGGCGGUUGCGGCCAAGGGUGAUGCGUCCCGCAAGGCGUUGAAUCAGUCGCUGACUGAAGUCACCAAGAAGCCGCCCAAGAAAGGGAGGAAAACUCGCAAGCAGAGCUGUUCCACUUAUGUAUACAGGGCGCUGACCCAGGCCCACCCUUCCACUUGGAUCUCAUCCAAAGCCAUGAGUAUUAUUAAUCCCUUCAUUGUCGACAUAUUCGAGUGCAUCGCCUCCGAGGCCUCACACCUCAUUCGCUACAACAAGCGCCAUGCCCCAUCUCGGCCAGAGAGAUCCAGAGUACCGUCCGCCUCAUGCCGCCAGGGGAACUGGCCAAACACAUCGUCUCCGAAGGCACCAAAGUGGUCACCAAAUAUGCCAACUCUGUUUAGGUUGAUCAUUCUAAAGAUUAUUAAAAAAAACACUUGA